AUGAUAGUGGGAAAGGAGUUGGCAGUCAAGAAGGAAGCUGCCAAGUCUUCAUCUUCGGGUGGGAAAACAAAAAAGAAGAAAUGGUCAAAAGGAAAAAUCAAGGAUAAAGCUAACAAUGCUAUCAUUCUUGAUACCGCCACAUAUGAGAAACUUCACAAGGAAGUUCCCCUAUAUAAACUAAUUACACCUUCCGUACUGGUUGAUCGUCACCGUGUGAAUGGAUCACUAGCACGAGCUAUAAUUCGAGAGUUCGAGGAGAAGGGACUGAUUCGGAAGAUUUCUACGCACGGAUCGCAAUUGAUUUAUAGUAUGUAUUGUUUUGAAAUACGUGGGAGAGAAGGGUAG